AUGAAUCUAACAUUACAUAAUGUGAUACAAACAAAUUCAAAUGGUGAUGAAUUCACUAAAAUACCCGAAAUUUAUAUUCGAGGAAUGCAUAUUAAAUAUUUACGUAUUCCUGAUGAUAUUAUGUCAUAUGCUAAAGAACAAAGUAUGAUAAAUAUGGAAAAUAGAAAUAGAUAUCAAAAAAGAAGAACUGGAGGUGGUAAUGGAAAUGAUCAUCAAUAUCAAAAUAGAAGAUAUGGUAAUAGACAAUAUCAAGGUAAUCAAGGUCAAAGUGGUGGUUAUUGGCGUAAAUAA